AGGCCAUUGCGCUGUUUUCGGGAAAAGGGACGUAACUUGUCAGGAAGGCUUAGAAGAAAAAGUACGUCUUUACGGACUCUGCUGCAACGACGAGAAAUACCUUGGAAAUAACGAUUUUUAUUGUCUUUUGAAUCCCACCGACGGUUUGCCAACAAAUCGCCAACUAACAAGACGCCACAUCUUGUUAGAGAGGAGCUCCGACUCGGACCGAGAGUCUAAUGUACAAAACGAAACGGAAGUGACUUGCCAGCUGUCUGGCUACGCUUGCUAGUGUCUGGAUGCCAAAUCUGUGGAUGAUGGAGCUGAGCAGGCAACUCUGUGGGAAGAUGAGGAGGUCCAGUAGAAGGGCUCAGCCCUCCUCCCUCAGUUCAUCUCCUCUGAGGGGCCUGGAGAUCCACUUUUACCUGCCAGAUGUGCAGCAGUUAGAGUACAUCAAGGACUGCUACACAGCUGAGGAGCUGUGUGUGGAAGCUGCCAAGAAAUGCUCAAUCUCUCCCUUGUGCCAUAACCUGUUUGCCCUGUAUGAUGAGAGCACUGGCCUGUGGUACUCCCCUAACCAUGAGUUCAAGAUCACAGACAAGACCAGCAUCAAGCUGCACUAUCGCAUGAGGUUUUAUUUCACCAACUGGCAUGGCACCACUGAGGGAGAGUCUCCUGUGUGGAGACACUGCAUCAGCAAACUUCGGGGAGGCCUUAGCCCACAGAAAGUACCUGAAGGCACGCCCUUAUUGGAUGCUGCCUCCCUGGAGUACCUGUUUGCCCAGGGUCAACAUGACUUCCAGAAAGGUUUGGCCCCACUGAGGUCUCCUCAGUCAGAGGGAGAGCAACAUGAGAUAGAGAACGAGUGUCUUGGCAUGGCUGUGCUUGCCAUCACUCACUACGCCAUGCGCAUGGGCUUGUCCUUACCCACUGCCUCCAAUGAAAUCAGCUACAAACGUUUCAUCCCAGAGUCACUGAACCGCAACAUAAAGCAGCGCAACUUUCUGACACGAAUCCGCAUCAACAAUGUCUUCAAGAAAUUCCUCAGCGAGUUCAACCGUCGUACAGUAACAGACAGCAACAUCACAUCGUACGAUCUGAAGAUCAAAUACCUGGCCACACUGGAGGGCCUGACCAACGGCCUGGGCAGCGAGCUGCUGGAGCCCGUCUCACUCACUGUCAGCCAGGAGGGAGACCUCAGCAAUGGAGGCUACCACGGGUAUUACAACAGUAGCCAAGGGCAGAGUCAGAAGCAAGAGAUGAGCCAUGACAGUCAGGUGCUGGUUACUGGCACCACCGGCAUCUCCUGGAGGAAGAAGCCUGCCACUAAUGUCAUGAUGACCAAAGAGAAGGGGAAGUUAAAGAAGAACAAACUGGAUGGAAAACAGAAGAAUGACAGAAAGAAAGAUGCUGGCGAUGACUGGGAGGUGUUUUGUGAUUUCCAUGAGAUCACACACAUUGUCACCAAAGAGGCAGCAGUCACCAUCUAUAGACAAGACAACAAGAGGAUGGAGUUGCAGCUCGCUUCUAGGGCUGAGGCUCUGUCCUUUGUAGCCCUGGUGGAUGGAUAUUUCCGUCUGACUGUGGACGCUCACCACUACCUGUGUAAGGAGGUGGCGCCUGCUUCCGUGGUCCACAACAUCAACAACGGCUGCCACGGACCCAUCUGUACCGAGUAUGCCAUCCACAAGCUACGGCAAGAGGGCAAUGAGGAGGGCACCUACAUCCUACGCUGGAGCUGCACUGACUACCAGUACAUCAUCAUCACUGUGGUCUGCAACGAGAUUGAUCUGAAGGAGUCUCGUCCGGUGCGUCAGUAUAAGAACUUCCAGAUCGAGGUGGCAUCCAACAAGUACCGUCUGUAUGGCACCGAGACACUGCGGCCCACGCUCAGAGAGUUGCUGGAGCACCUGGAGGGCCAGAGCCUCCGAACAGACAACAUGAGUUUCCAGCUCCUUCGCUGCUGCCCUCCACAGCCUAGAGAGGUGUCUAACCUGCUGGUGGUCACUAAAGACAGAGCGCUGAUCCCUGCAACGCCCAUGCAGGAGAGCCAGCUCAGCUUCCAUCGCAUUUUGAAGGAGGAGAUCGAGCAGGAAGAGCACCUCGGUCUGGGGACGAGAACCAAUAUCUAUUCAGGGACACUGAGGGUAAAGAGUGAGGAGGAUGAGGACGCGGGUGAUUCAUCCGUCCAGAAGGUCAAGGUGGUCCUCAAGGUUCUGGGUUCAGGACACAGAGACAUCUCCCUGGCUUUCUUUGAGACAGCCAGUAUGAUGCGGCAGGUGUCCCAUAAACACAUAGUGCUGCUCUAUGGGGUGUGUGUUCGCCACCUGGACAAUAUCAUGGUGGAGGAGUUUGUCCAGCCGGGACCUUUGGAUCUCUUUAUGAGGAGACAGCAAAACCCGCUCGGCACACCAUGGAAGUUCCAGGUGGCCAAGCAACUGGCCUCAGCCCUCAGUUAUUUGGAGGACAAAAAGCUGGUCCAUGGCUUUGUGUGCGCUAAAAACAUCCUGUUGGCCAGGGAUGGACUCGACAUGGACGAAGGAGGCCCCUUCAUCAAGCUCAGCGAUCCAGGAAUACCAAUCACAGUGCUCACCAGAGAGGAGUGCGUGCAUCGAAUCCCGUGGAUCGCUCCAGAGUGUGUGAAGAAUGUUAACUACCUGAGCGUGGCAGCUGACAAGUGGGGCUUUGGCACCACCCUGUGGGAGAUUUGCUACGACGGGGAGGUCCCACUCAAAGAUAAGAAGCUCACUGAGAAGGAGAGGUUCUACGCUGCAGAGUGCCAGCUGGCCACCCCAGACUGCACAGAACUGGCCGAGCUGAUGACCCACUGCAUGAACUACGACCCCAAGAAGAGACCUUUCUUCAGGGCUAUCGUCAGGGACAUAGACAUGCUGGUGGAACAGAACCCAUCUAUCGAACCUGUGCCUACGCCAGAGGUGGACCCCACAGUGUUUGAGAAGAGAUUCCUGAAGAAGAUCAGAGAACUGGGAGAGGGCCACUUUGGCAAAGUGGAGUUGUGCCGUUAUGAUCCUCGAGGAGAUAAAACAGGGGAGAUGGUGGCCGUCAAGUCACUGAAGCCUGAGAACCGAGAGGAGCAGAGCAACAACCUCUGGAGUGAGAUCGGCAUCCUCAAGGAGCUCUACCACGAAAACAUUGUCAAAUACAAGGGCAUAUGCCAAGAGGAAGGUGGUCGGGCCAUCAAGCUCAUCAUGGAGUACCUUCCAGCAGGCAGUCUGAAGGAGUUCCUCCCCAGGCACAGAAGCAAGACCAGCCUCAACACCCUACUCAGCUAUGCUGUCCAGAUCUGCCAGGGAAUGGACUACCUGGGAUCCCGGAAUUACAUCCACCGGGACCUGGCUGCCCGAAACGUUCUGGUGGAGAACGAGAGGACGGUGAAGAUCGGAGAUUUCGGCCUGACCAAAAGCAUCAAAGACAGCGACGGCUAUUACACUGUCAAGGACGACCAUGACAGCCCCGUCUUCUGGUAUGCUCCAGAGUGUCUGAUGCACUGCAAGUUCUACCUGGCUUCAGAUGUGUGGUCCUUCGGUGUCACUAUGUAUGAACUCAUUACAUACUGUGACAGCGCCCAAAGUCCAAUGAAUCUGUUCCUCAACAUGAUUGGCCGAACCCAUGGUCAGAUGACUGUUAUCCGAUUGGUGCGGGUGCUGGCAGAGGGGAAGAGGUUGCCCCGCCCUGAAGGCUGUCCCGAGCCUGUGUAUGAGCUGAUGCGGAAGUGCUGGGAACACACCCCCGAGAGAAGAAUCACCUUCAAGCAGCUGAUCGAGGGGCUGAGCCGCAUGCUGCAGCAGUAGCAGCAGCAGCGUUGACCACACACCAGCGACCUUUGACCUGACCACCCUCGAGGCUCGGGGAGCGUCGUUGACCUCGAGUGCAGACUUGGGAUCACCUUCCUCCCACCAUGAGAGCGGAUCAGUCGAAAGUUCCCACAAGGCCAUUUUCCCGUGUUCUGCCACAUCAAGGCAUUUGCUCCCCGUCCCUUUUUAUGUUUUAGUUUACUAUAUUUUCGUCAUUUCGUCCUUUACGUUUUAUUGAUGUUCCCUGUGACUAAUUUUGGGCAGUUUCUUUUAUUUUCCCGUUUGAAUAUUUUAGAGAAUAUAUCCUCUUCUGUUCUAAAUAUGGCCUCUAAGAGCUUGGUCCUGUAAAGCCCUGCCUUUUGGACUUCCAAGUGUAGCCGACGUCUCCUUUGAGAGCGAGGUGCAGCGUUGCCUGCGGAGCUUAGGCGGACUCUUCCCCCUUGCACAGCAUGCUGCGUUGGCCUUAUUAUCAUAAUUAUAUGAUCAUAUGACUGAUUCUUUUUUUUCUUUACUUAUUCCUGAUGCAAGCUAAACGGACGGACACAGAGCGAGGAACUGUCGCACAGCAUGCACACACACACACACACACUCACAGAUGUCACAAACCUCCAUGAGGCUCCAUCUUGUGCAGGACGCUGAGUGGAUUAUGUGUCAGAAGUGUUGGAGAGGACAGAGAUCCACAGAACGGAGCAGAACAGUCCGACUUCAUCAGAUCAGCUCUUGCGUGUGGCCGUGAGGAGCGGCGCACUUCGAUGCGGUUGUCAUGAAACUCAGCAUUGCUUUCGUGCAUGAGACGCAGUGAGCGCCCCGUUACCGUGGCGUCAUUUCAUAUAAGCAAAUGUGCUGAAUGGUCCUAACUUUCUCUGCCUCAUGCUCUGCUCAUUUCCAUGACAACCAUAUCUCAAGACUAUGGCCGCCAUCUUGACCCAUCAGGAAGUGGCUGUUGUAUCCGUUCUGUGUCGGGAUAAAACACCGGCACCAAAAGAUGCAUUUUUCAAACUUCUGUGCCACUGAUCUGAUUGUUUCUCAGACUUUCACCUAUUCAGGAAGAAGCUCAACCAAUCCCAGCCCUCCUCCUAACCCCCGAUUAGACAGCCAUGGAAAGAUCUGUGUGCACGCCAUGAGCAGAAAAUCUGACUUGAUCUGAUCUGACUUUUAAUUUUUGAUAAAUUACACUCAUUGAGAAUCAACGUGCAGCUAGAUCCUACAGCGUUCCAGUAAGCGUUCCUUCUGCAGUGCAGUUGUUUUAUUUGAACUAAACAGGAUUCACGCCUGCCCUUCCCAAAGUGACAAACCAGGCAUCUUUCCACAGAAAGGAGUAGAACUUGUUUUGGUGCAUCCGAAUUAUUUCCUGCGUUUUCAUCCUCAAGUCACUGUGAAUCAAUUCAGAUUUCUGCCAUCAAAGGUUAAAAAAAUGACGUCUUCUGCGCUGUGCAAAUCCAACCUGGUUUUAUAUUCUGUUUUCUCUACUGGUUUGUAAAAUUUUGCUGUCAUGGACCUUUUCAUGGGACCAGGCCAAAUCCCUCCGGCGUCUGGAUUUUACUCUGCGUGUGUUGGCGAGACAGUGAGAGAUGGAGAUGAGAAGUACCUGGGAGAGACACUUGAGGGCAGCCUAAGUUAGCUUACUGUAACUCUUCGAAGUCUAAUCAUGGUUUCACACUUCCACUGCUCUCUUCAAGAGCCACAUGUAUGUAUUGCAAGAAAAAACAAACAAACAAACAAAAAAAAAGUGUCUGAAAUUUUACUGUAAUUUUUAAACCUGUCAUCUUCUUUUUUUUUUUUUUUGUAGGAUUGAAAUGUGUUUGGAAGGAUAUGUAGAUGGCACACAAGUCAGAUGGCAUUUAUUAUUAUUAUUAUUUGUUUUUUAAAUUCACAAAAUUCAUGAUUUCCUUUAUUGACAUGAAAUUUCAGUAACAUUGAAUUUUUGUGUGGUAUGUGUUAUUUUCUUUUCAAAUCACAACUAUGCUACAGAUGUAUCCAAGUUAUCACCAAUCUACUGUGUAUAUGAAUAUGAUUUGAGCAGAGGGUUUAUUCUGAUACGGAGCAGGCAAAGUUAAAUCCACCCAACCAGGAGUUGCCAUGUGAGCCAUGUAGCUAUAAAAGAUUCACAUUCUCACAAGAGUUUUCCAGUGGCCACUUCUACUCAUUUUGACUGUAACUGUGAAUGUUUGCAGAAAGGCAAAAGAAAACAAACAAACAAACAAAAAAA